GUUGGUUAGCUAGCUAGCACUGACACUAGUGAAUGAAAAAUACACACAAACCCCGGAUGGCAAUGUUAGGGCUAUAGAUGUCGAUAUUCCCCCAGUAAAAGGAACGUUUGCUCCAUUGAUUUGCCAGGUGCCCAGUCAGAGAGACUGAUUUAAAAUGAAAGAAAGGGGACGUUAUUUUAAAACCGUAAACAUUCAGUGCAUUUGAGAACACUUUCAGGGCUGGAGACUCGGUGCCACUCCCGCUGCGCCGAUGUUUUAAACAUUAUUUCAGUCUAUGGUUUUUCCUGAUCUACAGUCCUAUGGCACACAUGAGACCUGUGGUGCUCUUUUGUUUCCUCUUUAUCAUGAGUGAAGGCCAUCCAGCAAGCAACAAACCCCGCAGGAGUGUGUCCUUCCAAGACAUGAACUUAAAACAGUUCAAAGAGUCUGGCUUUGACAGUUUGAGCUCUUUGAUGGUAAGAGACGAUAUCGGCCAGCUUAUCGUCGGCACCAGAGGGAAGGUGCUCGCCCUCAGCUUGGAUGAUAUCACCAAAAAGACCAGUGAGGCCAAUUGGACGGUCAGUCCAGCAGAGAAAGCCCUCUGUCAAAUGAAGGGCAAGGACACUAAGGAGUGUGACAACUUCAUCCGGACUCUACACACAACGGAGGACGGUAAAAUGCUAGUGUGCGGGACAAACGCUUUCAACCCUGCAUGUGACUACAUGACUUUCACAAAUGGAAGCAUCUCUCUAGAAGGAGAGACGCAGGUGGGUAGGGGCAAAGUUCCUUUUGACCCCUACCAACGCUUUGCUUCCAUUAUGGAUGGAAACACACUUUACUCGGCUGCCUCCUCCAACUUUUUGGGCACGGAACUGGUGUUUCAGAGACAUGGACCAGAGCCUCUAAAGACUGAAGUGAAACGCUCCUGGCUUGACGAGCCUACCAUGAUUUCCAUAAGCCUGGUUGAAACCAGCAAAAACCGAGAGGACGGUGGAGACGACAGUGUAUUCUUGUUCUUCACUGAGAAUGCUGUAGAGGAACAUCAUCAUAACAUCCAGGUGUCAAGGAUUGCCCGUGUGUGCAAGAGUGACUUGGGGGGCAAAAGGACCCUGCAGAGCAAGUGGACUUCUUUUCUGAAGGCCCGUUUGGACUGUCCAUUUGGCGAUGCUGGCUCACCGUCCCUGGUUCAGGAUGUUUUCCUUCUCCGAGACCAAAAUAACUGGAGGGAUAGCAUCUUCUACACCGUAUUCACCUCCAACACGGGGUCCUCAGGUGCUUGUAGCCAGUCUGCCAUCUGUCCGUACAAGCUAUCAGACAUCAGCCAGGUUUUUAGUGGGAGGUUUUUGACUGAGGGAGAUACUGGGAGCUGGGAUACAUACACAGGAGAGGAGCCAUUUCCUCACCCAAGUUCAUGCAUAAACGAUGAGCUGCGCGCCCAAGGAGUGAUGACCUCUCUCGACCUCUCAGACAAAACCCUUCUGUUCGUAAAGAACCACCCUCUGAUGGAGGGAGUGGUUAUGCCGAUAUCUGGCAAGCCUCUGCUGGUCCGCACAGGGACUCAAUUUUCCAAAAUUGUCGUGGACCAAGUCACGUCACUGGAUGGACGACAGCAUCAAGUUAUGCUUGUUGGCACAGAGUCUGGUUGGCUGCAGAAGGCAGUGAUGUUUGAUGGUGAGGACGGACGCAUCAUCGAGGAGCUGCAGCUGUUUCUAACUCCUCAGCCUGUCAACUUUCUCCAGCUGUCCUUGGAAACAGUAAGGCUCAAGUCACCUGUAUUGGGCCAGCUGUACAGUGGCGCCGAUAACGUUGCUGUUCAAGUUAAUGUAAGGGACUGCAGCCGUUACACGUCAUGUGAUGACUGCCUUCUUGCCAGAGACCCAUACUGUGGCUGGGACAGGAUCAGAGGCCAAUGUGCACCUGUUGUUGGCGCAUCACUUGGGUCCAUGAUUCAGAGUUUGACUGAUGGAAACGUUACAUUGUGCCCAAUCUCAGAGUUGAAAAAUAAACCUGCCAUCGUCUGCCUCACCAUCAAGAUAGCGCAGUUCCUCCCAUGUUCCCCUGAGACAAACCUCCCAGUCAGCUGGCGCUUCUCUGACAGCAUCCUCCUUCCCGGUCCCCGACACACUGUACUCAGCCAGGGUCUCCUGAUCAGACCCUCCUAUUUUGAUUCUGGCCUUUACACCUGUGAGACAGUGGAAACAGUAAAGAGUAAAGUGCACCGGAAGACUGUGGUCCAGUACCUCGUCCAGGUUCAGGACACUAACACUGUUGUCGGGAGGCUGAGGGCGGCGGUGAUCACCUUGGCUGCUUUCAUUGGCCUGCUGAUAUUGCUCAAGUGCAGCGGCCUCAUGAUCAGACACCUCAAGCCAAAAAGGCAAGAUCCCAUCAGUUGUGGCAAUCAAAACAGCAACAACAAUCAAGUGAUCCCUCUGAGUCCUUUCCGUCAUUAUGACCGGUCCACGGAUCGACGCCCGGAAGAUGGUGAGCAGGCAGAGGAGCGACACAUGGGAGCUAACAGUGGGAGUCAUGAUGCCACCAAAAAGGAGCAGUGUGUGCAGAUUGGGAAUUUUAAGUCUAUACUCGUUCUCCCAGAAAGCACUGCAGCAAAAGUGGCUGCAAAGGAGGUGGAGGCAGACAAUGGCAACGGCCACACAGUUAUGGGGAUCACAGAGUAAUCUCUUCGUUUUACACAUUGUUUCAUUGUAUUGACUCACAUAUAGAUUUCAAUAAACACUAAAAUUGUAAAUAA